AUGGCCUCUGAAAGGAUGAGAAUCAACAACAUUGCCUCCCUGACCAAUGACAAUGGCACCAUCGUGGAGGAUCAUGCUGGAAAAGAGGCACUCAUUUUUAAUACCUUCAGGCAAAGAUUGGGCUCGACAUCACAUCAUGAGAUGAAAUUCGAUCUGGACAGAAUUAUCAAAAAAGUUGAUGGGUUAGAGGAGCUCACUGUUCCAUUCACCACGGAUGAGAUCGAUAAUGUUAUCAAGCUCAUGCCUGCUGAUCGUGCACCUGGCCCGAAUGGAUUUAAUGGGGCUCGACCCCGCCGCGCCUACCGCGUCGCCCAUGACGGCCCGUCGCCGUCCAUCACCGCCCGGAGCCACCACGACGGACUGCCUCCCCUGCGCCGCGCCGUCUCCGUCCUCCUCCUCACGCCCCGCUGCCCCGAACCCUACGAACCCGUCGUGAGCACCGCACCUCCUCUCUCUCCCUCGCCUCGCGCUCACCAUGACCCCGUCGCGCCCACGUCCGCGCCUUCGCGCGCGCGCCCGCGUCCGGACCGAGCUCGCGUGCCGGAGCUCGCGCUCCAGGCCGCAUUCGCCGGCCUCGCCACGCCCCUCUGUCGCCCGCGCUCGCGCGCAGCCCCGCUUGUCGUUGUCUGCAGCCGCGCGCGCCCUCCACCGCGGCCCUCCGCUCCCGCGCUGAGCUCCGGCGGCCCCCGAGUCGCGCUGCUAGCCGCGCACCGCAACGCUGCUGCUGCUGUUCACCACGGCCUCGCCCCGCUGUCGCUGCUCGCCAGCCAACGCCGUCGACCGCAGCCCCCCGCAACAACCUGCUCGACACCGCCGCCCGGUUCGGUCCCCGCCUCCGGCCGCGCUCCCCCCUUCCUUCGCGCGCGUGCCCGCGCCCCGCCUUGCCGCACCGCCGCGACGCGCUCCCGCCCGAGUGCACACGCCCCCGUCCACCCGCUGCUGCCCCUUGCCCGGCGCUCCUCCCCGCGGCCGCCUCUCCACCGGCCACGGCCAGCGCGCCCCGCUCCGGCCAUGGCCUUGCCGUGGCCACCGCCCCCUUGCUCCGGCACCCUGCUGGGUCCGCCCGCACCUGGGCGUGCGCCCGCUCGGACCGCCUCCUGCGCCCGCACCCGCUAA